AUGGGCCGCAUACUGGACCAGCUCGAGUUCCUAGGUAUCGCUGGCGUGGGCCUCUUCGGCGACGGCUAUCUGAACAUCACCAUUGGCCUCGUGGUCCCGAUCAUCGGCUACCUCUACUAUGAAGACCACAAGUACAGCGUACCGACCAUCCAACAAGAUACGAUCAAAGGCGCUCUUGCGUUGGGCAUGAUCGUUGGACAGAUUAGCUUUGGACUCUUCGGCGAUGCGCUGGGUCGCCACAAGAUCUAUGGAAAGGAGCUCAUCAUCACCAUCCUCGGCAACUUCCUGCUCAUCAUGAUGCCCUGGAAGCACUUUGGCCAUGGCGAUGUUGUGGCGUGGAUGUUUGUCUUUCGUUUCGUGACUGGUCUUGGUAUUGGAGGAGACUACCCUAUGACUUCGUCCAUUGCCGCUGAAAACGACCGCUUCGGCUCCCGAGCGAAGCUCGUGUUGACAGUCUUCAGCUUCAUUGGUCUCGGUGGUUUCACAGGCGCACUGGUAUUUUUGAUCCUGCUGGCGGCCUUCAAGAGUGCUAUCAAUGCCGACCCUAACCAUCUACAGUGGGUCUGGCGCCUGCAAUUCGGCCUUGGGUUGAUACCACUACUGGCGACUCUGUAUGCACGUCUGACUAUGAAGGAGAGCAAGCCUUACGAGCAAUACGUCGCGAAAGAAACUGGCUUGGCGAGCAAGAACAAGCGCGGUCUGGGAGAGCAGCUUCAAGACUUCAGGGACUACUUCAGCCACUGGAAGAAUGCCAGAACGCUGUUUGCAGUCUGUGCUGCAUGGUUCCUCUUCGACAUAGCCUUCUACGGCAUCAACCUCAACCAAUCCAUAGUCCUCACCCGCAUCGGCUUCGGCAAAGGCAAAACUCCCUUCGAAACCCUCUGGAACAUAGCAGUCGGCAACCUCAUUGUCGACAUCGCCGGCUACCUCCCCGGCUUCUACCUCGCCAUCUUCCUACCCGACCGCAUCGGCCGUGUACGUCAACAAUGGAUCCUCAGCGCCGUUGUCGCGGUGCUCUAUGCCAUCUGGGCAGGAGUCACCGACCACACAUCUACAGGAGGCCUGAUAACAAUCUUCACCCUAAGCCAGCUGUUCUUGAACAUGGGUCCCAACGCAACGACCUUUCUCCUCCCCGUCGAAGUCUUCCCCACCCGCGUCCGCGCCACAGCCCAUGGAAUCGCAGCCGCGAGUGGCAAAGCUGGCGCGGUGUUGACAGCAUUUGCAUUCGGCACAAUCACCGACCGGAUCGGACUUAAAGGUGUUUUGGGCCUUUUUGCAGGUAUCAUGGCACUCUGUGCCGCUGUAUCCCUCCUAAUACCCGAGACAAAGGGGAAGAGUAUCGCCGAGAUCGAGGCGGAAGCUGUAUACAGCAAUGACCGGACUCCAGUCAUCGAGUCCGACAACUUUAGCAGCGAGAUCGGUAGUGAUGAGAUUGGUAUACAUGAAGCGAAAGGUGCGGCGACGAACUUGCGGAGCCAGAGGGAAUUCGCUUAA